AUGGCUGCGGUGAGAGAGGGUUAAACCCUCAGGGGCUUCAGUAUCCAGAGUUUUACUUUUUAAUUGGAUGAAGAUAUUUUACAUUGUUAAAUGUAUUGCUCCUCGCCCCAAAUCUAACCCUGGCUAGCCGUCAUGCUUGCUCCCUUUGGGUGCUAAUGGUGGCUGAUUUCUCUCUCUCUCUCUCCCUCCAUGCCCCGCCCACCUUCCUCUCACCUCCCCCCCCCCCCCCGCCUCUGGGUCCCUGUUCCUGGCAUUUCCUUGGCAGCAGCUCCCUGUUCAAAGCACCAGCUCUCCAGUCUGUUAACUGAGUACAAAUGAAGCAGGCCUGCAAUUAACCGUCUGGCCCACCCCCCCAGCUCCGUCUGCCGCUGGGGUUCUGUCUGGCCCGGUGCCCCCUCCGCUCCCCCCCCUUUUGGCUGGGCACUGUGCCGACUCCUGAAAAUGCCGCCCUGUGCCAUUUGUGCCCAAGUGGUGGGCGAGACCCGUCUUGAAGUAGGCGCUGCCAGAUCCGGGAGGAGGGCAUCUUUGUGGCAAGACGAUGAGAGGCCCUUGCCAGCUGUGAGCAAGAACGGGCACGCAAGGGGCACCCUCAAACAUGGAGGCCUCUGCUUGCUGCCCAUGUUGUGCCCUCUGACUUUCCCACCAUGCCCACUACUGGCCUUUGUCUGCAGAUGGCACAGGCCCCAUCUAGACCUCUCUUUCUUUCUUUCUUUCUCUCCCUUCCUCCCCGCCCAGCCUGUUUCUCAAGUCUCUCUCUCUCUCCUGCCUCCCCCAAACCGCCAUGCCUCUGUUCUCUAUUUCACGGCUUCUGCCACUGCCAAGGAGAGAUUUUUUGCGCCUGAGUGGUCACCCUUCUCUAGAGCAAAGCCCUUGCUCGGCAAGAAGGCAAGGGCCGGCUCUCUCCUCGCAUCUCCGCUGCCCAAAAUCUCUCGCAAAAGGUUCGCGCGGCAGCCCUGAUCCAGAGCUGCCGGCUGCAGACAGAAAGCUGCGCUGCGCUUUUUGCAGAGAGCUCUACCGGAAGAUGUGGUCUUGUGCCCGCGAUGUCGCAUCAUCCCAUGCCUUCCGCCCACAGCGCAGCUCCGGGACCAGUGACGCUGCUUUGCACACGUGUUGCGCGCACGCAGUUGAGAUCCAGAGGAAGAGAGGCAGGGCGGACGGGGUGAGCACGGAAGCGAGGAAGGCACAGCAUCAGAUUCUGGGCAUGUUUAGAAGGCAUGGAGCAUGGGAGCGAUACUGGAGACCCCUGAGCAUACACAGACUGCGCUACAGUCUGCCUGAGAUGCAGCCAGCCCCAUUGAUCUGUUGCACUUUACGGGGACUCCUUAGGGAGGAAGGGGGGUUAAGAAGAAGAACGAAUCAUCUCAGUGGAGAUUCCUGCACUGCAAAGGGUCGGACUAGAUGACCCUGGCUGCUGGGGGACCCCUUCCAAGCGGAGGAGGCGCAAGGGCGAAGCUAAGCGGGAGGUGGCGGCGGCGGCGGCGACGCAGGCGCUAGGAGCGGAUCCUGCUCGGGACCACUUCUGGGAUCCGUUCCAGGGCCCCGCCCUUCAGCGGACUCACCAACUCUCGGGGACUGCAAGUCCCAGCCUGCCCAGCGCCGCGGGAUCUCGGGGGCGCGCGCCAGAGCAGCUGUCGCCGCCGCUGUCGCUCAACCCGGUGGGUCUCCUCGCGAUGGGCGAGGCGCGCGGAGGGAAGGUGGAGGGUCGGGCGGGUCAUGGCGGGGCUGCACCCGGUCGGGGCAGCCUCGCCGGGUCGUGGGGAAAGGGGCAGGCAGGCAGGUAGGCGGGCGGGCGGGCGUCCUCUCUCUGCGGGCACAGCUGGCACCGCGAUGCCCACUCGCGCGCCCUUGGCGCUCUCGCGCCCCGGAUUCCACCCCCCCCCCAGUUCUGCAAACGGGGGGAUAGAUGCCCGGGCGGGGCUCGAGAGUGGCCACACUUCUGCUGGUGCCAUGCCUAGAGCGAAUUCGGAGCGAAACUCAAUCCGGGGAAGACCCAGUGACGUUUGCCGGGGAAAGUGCACAGAAUUUUUGUUAGGGAGGAGGGCGGCGAUCGCCCCCAAAUUGUUGUGCUUCUUUUGUCGAGUGGGGCGGGCUUCUGCUUGCCGGGGGUGGGGUGGGCAGAACCUCAGGUAACUGAGCAUUUUUAAUGCUUUUCCACGACCUUUUUGAAGCACUGGGGAAGGGGAAGUGUGGGCGUGCCCCGUGAAGUCAGCUGCCGGACUGAUGCCUCAAGGCAACGCGAGGGACGUUCUCCCGCCCCCCUCCAGGCAUAUUCUUGGAGCAUUUCUGAGGUUGGGUGAGUGUUGCUCUGGGCGGAUGUGGGCUUUGUGGUGGGGGACUAAGAGGAGCUUCUCGGGAAGAUUAAUUUAGGUGCUUUGCCUUGGAAGCUGGCCUAAGAUGCAGAGGCUGAGGGGGACCCCACUGGAUUAGAUGGAGGUGAGCUUCAGAAGAAGCAAAAAAAAAUAUAUGCACUCAGACAGGGAACUAGAAAUGUGGAACAAAGGUUGGUGUGGAUCAGGGCCGGAUUUACGAAUAAGCUAAACAAACUAUUUCUUAGGGCCCCACUCUCUUGGGGGCCACAAAAAAAUUAAAGGAAAAAUAAACUGCAUGUACAUUUCCAAAAUAUAAGAUAAAAAACAAAUAAAAUGGCUUUAGAUACCUAUUAGGUCCAUAAAUUACCUUAUAGCAUAUAUUCAGCACAGGAAACAGCGACAAAUAGUUGUUGACAAAGGACAGCUGGACAUAUAAAGGGCCCCAUUACUUUCAGUAGCUUAGGCAGGCACCCCCAAACUCGGCCCUCCAGCUGUUUUGGGACUACAACUCCCAUCACCCCUAGCUAACACAACCAGUGGUCAGGGAUGAUGGGGACUGUAGUCCCAAAACAUCUGGAGGGCCGAGUUUGGGGGUUCCUGGCUUAAGGCCUCAUCAAACCUAAAUCCAGCCUUGGGUGUGGAUGAGCCCUAAGCUUUUAGAGUUCUUUGAGAAUGUAAAAAAAUCAGUUGUGUGGGUUUUGCUGAUGAACACGGUGUACUUAGAUUUCGCAAAGGCCCUAACUCCAUGGGAACUUGGCAAGAAAGUGAGAAAAGGUGUCCUCAUGUGGGCUGCUAACCUGUUAAACAACAGGUUUAGAGUUCUUUGAGAAUGUAAAAAACCAGUUGCGUGGGUUUUGCUGGGGAACACAGUGUACUUAGAUUUCACAAAGGCCUUAACUCCAUGGGAACUUGGCAAGAAGGUGAGAAAAGGUGUCCUCAUGUGGGCUGCUAACCUGUUGCUGUUGUUGUUUAAUCGUUUAGUUAUGUCCGCCUCUUCGUGACCCCCUGGACCAGAGCACGCCAGGCCCUCCUGUCUUCCACUGCCUCCCGCAGUUUGGUCAAACUCAUGCUGGUAGCUUCGAGAACACUAUCCAACCAUCUCGUCCUCUGUCGUCCCCUUCUCCUUGUGCCCUCCAUCUUUCCCAACAUCAGGGUCUUUUCCAGGGAGUCUUCUCUUCUCAUGAGGUGGCCAAACUCUUGGAGCCUCAGCUUCAGGAUCUGUCCUUCCAGUGAGCACUCAGGGCUGAUUUCCUUAAGAAUGGAUAGGUUUGAUCUUCUUGCAGUCCAUGGGACUCUCAAGAGUCUCCUCCAGCACCAUAAUUCAAAAGCAUCCAUUCUUCGGCGAUCAGCCUUCUUUAUGGUCCAGCUCUCACUUCCAUACAUCACUACUGGGAAAACCAUAGCUUUAACUAUACAGACCUUUGCUGGCAAGGUGAUAUCUCUGCUUUUUAGGAUGCUGUCUAGGUUAGUCAUUGCUUUUCUCCUAAGAAGCAGGCGUCUUUUAAUUUCGUGACUGCUGUCACCAUCUGCAGUGAUCAUGGAGCCCAAGAAAGUAAAAUCUCUCACUGCCUCCAUUUCUUCCCCUUCUAUUUGCCAGGAGGUGAUGGGACCAGUGGCCACGAUCAUCUUUUUUUUGAUGUUGAGCUUCAAACCAUAUUUUGUGCUCUCCUCUUUCACCCUCAUUAAAAGGUUAUUUAAUUCCUCCUCACUUUCUGUCAUCAAGGUUGUGUCAUCUGCAUAUCUGAGGUUGUUGAUAUUUCUUCCAGCAAUCUUAAUUACGGGUAGGGAUUCAUCUAGCUCAGCCUUUUGCAUGAUGAAUUCUGCAUAUAAGUUAAAUAAGCAGGGAGACAAUAUACAGCCUUGUCACACUCCUUUCCCAAUUUUGAACCAAUCUGUUGUUCCAUAUCCAGUUCUAACUGUAGCUUCUUGUCCCACAUAGAGAUUUCUCAGGAGACAGAUGAGGUGAUCAGGCACUCCCAUUUCUUUAAGAACUUGCCAUAGUUUGCUGUGGUCGACACAGUCAAAGGCUUCUGCAUAGUCAAUGAAGCAGAAGUAGAUGUCUUUCUGGAACUCUCUAGCUUUCUCCAUAAUCCAGCGCAUGUUUGCAGUUUGGUCUCUGGUUCCUCUGCCUCUUCGAAAUCCAUCUUGCACUUCUGGGAGUUCUCGGUCCACAUACUGCUUGAGCCUUCCUUGUAGAAUUUUAAGCAUAACCUUGCUAGUGUGUGAAAUGAGUGCAAUUGUGCGGUAGUUGGAGCAUUCUUUGGCACUGCCCUUCUUUGGGAUUGGGAUGCAGACUGAUCUUCUCCAAUCCUCUGGCCACUGCUGAGUUUUCCAAACUUGCUGGCAUAUUGAGUGUAGCACCUUAACAGCAUCAUCUUUUAAAAUUUUAAAUAGUUCAGCUGGAAUACCAUCACUUCCACUGGCCUUGUUAUUUGCAGUGCUUUCUAAGGCCCAUUAGACUUCACUCUCCAGGAUGUCUGGCUCAAGGUCAGCUAACCUGUUAAAGAACAGGAAUACAAGAGUAGGAAUCAGUGUAGAGUUUUGCUGGCGGAGGGAUAUAGAAAGCAGAGCCCUCCAAAAUCCGAAGUCCCAACCAGUGUUGUUGUUGUUUUAAAAAAUGUUCAGAAAUAAUCUCAAGGAAGGGUUAGCAGUCACGUGGUCCUGCUUCCAGAAAACAUCACAAUAUUCCGUGUGGUCGAAACAUAAAAGAAUUGUGUGUAGUUUCAGAAGGAUUUCUCCGAACUGGAUGACAACAAAAUGGCAGGUGUAAGUGUAAAUUGACAGAAACUGGGACAGAUCCUGAAUUCACACAGAGGCUGACAGUGUCUGACCUGGCAGUGACUUACCGGGAAUGGGAUCUUGGCAUCGUGGGAUCAUUAACCCAGUGUGUAGACAAGCAAAAGGCAAAUUCCAUGCUAGGGUUUCUUAAGAAAAGGAUCUAAAACAAAAGUGCGGAUCAUUUGUAAUGAGCUCUGCACAUCUUUGCUGUGACCGCAUCAAAACCUGGUCAAUAUAUUGCAAAGGGAUAUUGCAGAGCAGCACACAGGGCAGGAAAGGAGAAGCGAAAAUUCUCUGUGUGGAAAAGUUGCAAUGUUUGUGGCUUUUUAGAUUAGAGAAGCAGUUAGUCACAGGAAUGGUGUGGCAAACAUGAUCAUAUUCAUGGUUUGGACAUCUGCAGGAGUUCUUCUGGCUGGGGGGAGGGAAGUUAAACACAGAAAGCGUGGAGCUGGCUAUAAAUCCCUGUGAAAAAUGAGAAGAACAGGGCAGAUGCAUUUUUUUGUCUCCCAUUACAGGUUCUAUGAAUGUUGGAAACAUGGGUGUAGGGGAAGUGGAAAGAGCAAAGGUUUCUUUCCCCCCUCUUAUAAUGCUGGAACUCAGAGCCCUUCAGUGGAGCUGAAUGUUGGAAGAUUUCAGGACAGACGAAACAAAGUCCUACCUCACUCCGUGUAUCCUUAAACAGUGUUGGCUACCACCUUAAAUGGCUUUAGAAGAGGGUUUGGCAGAUUCAUGGUGGAUCAGCGCUAGUUAGCCACGCUGGCUGUACUCUUCAGAAUCAGGACACCAGUUCCUGGGAUUCCCAACUGGGGAGAGGAGCUCGGAUGCUGCUUGGGACUUCCCACUGGAUCAUCUGGUUGGCCCUGUGAGAACAGGAUCCUGGAUUAGAUGGGCCUCCUUUGGCUUGAUGCAGCAGCGUUCUUCUUUUGUUUUAAGAGAGUCUUCUUUCUUUGGUCUUCAUGUUUUUAGUGAUGCACUCUUCAAUAUCUCCAUCCCUGCCGACUUGUCUUCUACAGAGCACCUGCCAUCUGCCUCAAAGAGGAGGAUUAUCCGUGACAACCUCCUAGUGCCGUGA